AUGCGGCGUGUGCUGUGGCUCGUGAGCGCCAUCGCGAUCGCCGAGGCGGGCACGACGUGCAGCGUCGUAUACACCACGCGGGCGGCGACGCCGGCGCCGACGUCGACGACGACACCGAGCAGUCCCACCAAGGAUCCUCGCAGCAGCAGCAGCAACGACGAGCCAACGAUGGCACCCGCGACGCUCUUUCCAGACGCCUCGACGCCGGCACCGACGUCGUUGCAGCCCAACGAAACCACGUUGCCGCCGAACGUCAAUGCGACGACACCGACGCCGACGACGGUACCGACGCCGGAUGCAACACCGGUCGCGACGACGGCGACGGUGGCGCCGACGACGCUGCCAACAACACCGACGACCACGCCCAAACCAACUGGCAAGACCAAGACGCCAGCACCGACGGUCGACCGUCGUCUUCGACAAGUCGCCGACAGCAACAGCACCAACACGACGACGUCCGUGCCGCCGCCGACGCCGGUCGUGCCGACACCGGUCCCCAACGACGGUUCGUGGAGCGGCAGUCGCAGCGGUAGCAACGACGUGAUUACGCUGUCGCCGCUUGCAACGCCGAGUCCGUUUGAUAUCGCAUGCGACGCAACGUUCUACGGGCAGUGGGCUGCGCGCAACCUCACGUGCGCCGGUGCGCCACUCAACGUGUCGGCGGCCGUCGACGCUGCGGCGUGCGCCGUCUAUAAAGGGUCAGCUCCCUCGCUCCGCGACGUCUGCGUCUCGCUUUGCACGCUUCCAUCGUGCGACGCCGGUGUGUGGAACUACCACGCCGACGCCGGGGCCUUCUCAUCCAUCUACGCGUCGAUCGACGUUGCGUCCUUCUUUCCGUCGGCGAUUGCGUCGACGAUCCAAAACGUGUCGGUGGCGUCCGUGUGCCCAGCGGCUGGCAACACGACGUCGACGCUGGCGUCGUGCGGGUGCCCGGCACCGUGGUCGUCGUCGCCGACAACGGCACCCGCCUCGCCGACACCGGCGCCCGCGGUCGUCAAUCCGCUCUGGAACUGGGUGCCCACCAACGCCGAGGCAGCCGUCGCACCGCUCGCCAAGACAACCGCCGCGGCUACGAUUGCGAUUGGGACGGUGGUUUCAAUCUCGGGCGGCCUCGUGUCGUCGGCGUCGGCCGCCACCACGGUCGCCGCGAGCUCAUCGAUGAUGCUCUUUACGUUCGACAUGCUGCAGUUUGGUAGCAUGCUCAACCAGAUCCCGCUCUCCGAGAAGAGCAACGUGCUUACGGAAUUUGGCGCGCAGAUGAAGUUUGCGGUCUUCAACUACCUCGGGUUCCUCUUUCCAGAGACCGCCACGACAUCCUCCAAGCACGCAACGCGCGUUCUCACCACGGCAUCACCCGGCGACUGCCAAGGCGUGUGUCAGUAUGCUGUCACGAUCGGCGUGCCCGAGACCCGUCUCUUCCUCAUUACGCUCCUCGGUAUUCGUGUCGCGGGCGCCGCCGUCUUGCUGCUCUACGGCCUCGCCGUUGGCUUUGUCCAUUACGUGCUCAAGAAACCGGACAUGACCAAAACGUGGUUUGACUAUGCAAUUGGCGGGCUCGUCAUUCUCGGCAUGGCGUCGCAAUACGCGAUCGGUGUCACGGGCGUCUACCAGCUCUACCUCGGCGUUCGCGACCGCGUCUUUGACGUAUCCUUCUUUCUUGCGAUUCUCUCGCUCCUCUUUUUGGCUGUCGGGCUCCUUUGGUUUGGCUACUACAUCAUCCAGAAGCACGAACGCGACCUCCUCGACGUGGCCAAGGUCGAACACACGAAGAAGGCCAUGCUCUUGGCGCUGCUCUGCGGCAUGACGACCGGUGCGGCCUUUCUGAACGCGACGCUCCAGAUCGUGCUCAUUCUCGUCUUUCACAUUUGCUUCCUCGUGCACCUCGAGCAGUGCCAGCCGUUCCAGACGCGCUUCUUGCAGCACUCGAUGGCGCUCAUCACGCUCGUCAAGAUUGUGACGCUGAUCCUCUCGAUGUUUUUGAUCUCGUCGAUCGAAGGGCUGCCGCAAGGCUUCCACGACGUCGUGAGCAACAUCAUCGUCGCGCUCCAGCUCCUCGUGCUUGCCGCGCUCAUGGUGCGCCAAGUCGUACUCCUCUACCAGCGCUGGCGCGCCGAGAAGAUGCACGACGAGCAGCAAGCCGCGAUGGAGUCGGCGCUCAAGCCACUCGAUAGCCUCGAGACUCUCGCCGUCCUCCGCCGUCCGUCGAUGGACACCAAGUCGACGUUGCAGCCCGUCAAGAGCGACGGCAUCAUGCGGUUGUAG